AUGCGGCUUGCUGACGACGAAGAGGCUACGGUGGCUGGCAUCCGUUCUUGGCUCUGUCGGUCAGAUCCUUUGGCAUUCGUGUUGACGAUACGCGCUAGAGACAACUGCGUGCGAAUACCCCGCCCAUGUUUAUGUCAAUUCUCCGAGUUGAUCGUGGCCUAUGCUCAUCGAUGGAGGCACCUACAGCUACAUCUUCCAGGGGAUUGGUUCGACUGGAUAUCAUUCACUGGCGGGCGAUUCGCAUCACUCUCAUCCCUGAGUCUCCAUUCCUCGUCGUUCAGCGCCAGUCACUCUUCCAUCCUGGACAUGGAAUGGCAGACGCUCCCUCCCUUGCGCCAAAUCACAGUGGCUGGCUUGAUGUUCGACCCUUCAAGUCUGUGUAUUGACUAUGCACAGAUCACAGAGCUCGUCAUAUUGCCGCAGCACACGUUGGAGGAGGGUAUAUUGUUCACUCUAGAUGAUGUCUUGAAUAUUAUGUCCCAAACUAGUCGACUCACCAAACUCGCCUGCUUGGUAGACGACAGACUGCUCAGGUGGAAGACGGAGGUAUUGUCGAACGUGGAGGAACUCGACCUCUGUUUCAAGGACUGUGGCGCCAAUUGGAAUAACCCCAAUCGGCAGGCCAACAGGAUGCGUCGGCUUGAUCGCUUCUUCUCACUGCUUCGCAACCCAAAUACGCGUAGCCUCAGUAUUGGGUAUUCGUCUAAUACUCACCUUGCGACAACACCAUGGCCACACGACUCCUUCCUCAGUUACCUCAGUAACUCGUCUUCCAAUCUCGAAUCGUUGACCCUAAAGUAUCUGCCUGUCGUGGAGACGCAAAUCAUCCAGUACCUCCAACGGGCGCCGGCUCUCACCCACCUGACCGUUGAAGUCCAGCCGACGACGGGUUCUCAACGGGCUGUUGGGGAUCUGCUCAUGGCAGCACUGACCUUCAUGGAUUGGAGGUGUCCUCUCGUCCCCCGCCUCGAAUCUCUCGAUUUUCGCAAUUGUGGAAGGCGAUGCUCCGAAGCCGCCGUAUCGUUCAUGAUAGAAACACGAAACGUCCACAACCUUGUUGCAAAAUUGAAAACAAUCAAGUACAGCGCAUCAAGAACGCCACAUUCCCUUAUGACGAAACUGGAAGAGUUGUUGCAGAGGGGCUUUCGCAUUGAUGUAGAAGUCGUAGUGCAGUGA